AUUACCUGCCAGAGCGGAGCAGCCUUUACUGAGAGGACGUCAAAGCAGCAAUGCGAUGAUCACAAGGAUUAUUUUGGAUCAGUGGGAGCACUGAAGAUAGUACAAAGGAUCAGACCGCUGACAUAGGUUACAUAUGGUACCAGGUGCUUGCUGGGAAUGUGUGCAGGAUGAGCAGCACAUUUGUUACUUUAGCUGAAGUAUUGGAGGCACGAGGGGGACCUCUGCUGGAGGAGGAGGUCUGGUCCCUGCUGCUGGGCACUGCAGAGUCUUUAGAGGAUGUCUCCUAUAUGGGUCAGAACAAUAUGUGUAAUAUCAUAAGCCCCACCUCCUUGCUGCUGUCAGCCACUGGUACCUUAGCAUUUAAGAACUGUGGCCUAUCAGAUGAGGUAUCCACCUUCACUGCUCCAGAGAUGCUGCAGGGCCGUGCCAGCUCAACCAAACCUGCCAUAGAGAGGAUGCUGGUGUAUUCACUGGGUAUGACUCUCUACUGGUCAGUUGAUUUUCACCUACCUCAAAAUCAGCCAGUCCAGUUGAGUGACCAUCUAAACAGCCUCCUCCUCAGCAUGUGUGAGGACCUGGCCCACCGCAGGGUAAAUCUCAACUCCAUCCUGGAAGCCUGCGAAUCUCAGCAUAAAGCCUCCAUCCUGCCACCACCCGCCAAAGUCAUCAGACAGCUGGUGGAGGAGGUUUUUCAUGAAUCAAUGGACCAUGGCUCUCUUCCAGACAGUAACGUCCCUUUGAGUGGCAGGAGCCAGAUGAUCAGAGAGAGACUUCAUGGAAAGAGAGGGCCAUUUUCAGACUUCGGCGAAGGGAGUGCUGAGGGGAGAAGAUACUCAACAGAUUCUGACUCAAAGUCAGGGAGUUUAUCUCAGAGACCUUGGAGACAAAGACCAAGGAGCUCUCCCACAAUGCUGUACCAAUCUUCUUUAGACAGACUCCCUCGUGGGGUUCGUCACAGGGACAGCAACUGCAGUUGGCUUGGUAGGAGCCCCCACCACGACAUCUCUCCCAAGACAUCAGGCAGAUCUCAAAGUCCUUCCAUUACCUUCAGCGAGUCCUCGCUCAGCCUGAGCCAGAGGAAAGCUAAGGUUUUGGGUCCUGAGUUCGUCAGAAUGUCAGAUGAACAACAAAUUGUUCUCGAGCUUCCAGGAUCCAUUGUGUCCAGAAAGGGACGCUCUUGUUCAUCUCAGAGAGAAGUGACUGUAGUGCUGCCUAACGGACAGUACAUGGUGGUUCGCUGUGACAUUAAGUCCAAAGCAAGAGAUGUGUUUGAUAUGGUGGUGGCUCAUGCAAACUUGGUGGAACACUUCUACUUCGGUCUUGCCUUCCUAGAUGAUGAUGAAUAUUUCUUUUUGGAGCAUGAAACAAAAAUCUCCAAAGUUGCACCUGACAGUUGGAAAAAAGGGCACAUAUCCUCCUUUUUGGUGUUUCUUCGAGUCAAAUAUUUUGUUGAUGAUAUAUCUUUCAUUUUGCACAGACUGACUCGUCACCAAUACUACUUACAGCUGCGUAAGGAUAUCUUGGAGGACAGACUUUACUGUAAUGAGGAGACAGGCUUGUUUCUGGUUGCUCUUGCUCUGCAGGCUGAGUUUGGAGAUUACAUGCCAGAGUUGUAUGGUAAGAAUUACUACCAGCCAGAGCAUUAUGUGUCCAAGAGGAUGCUGGAGAAGCUGGCCCUGCCCAAUGUCAAGGAAGAGUUGCCAAGACUACAUGCAAGUCACGCUCAGAUGCUCCCUGAAGAGGCCGAAACAGAGUACCUAAAGAUUGCCCAGCAGUUACCGGAGUAUGGGGUUAUGUUUCACCGUGUGGGGAGAGAGAAAAGACCAGUGGUGGGAGAGCUGGUUUUGGGAGUCUGUGCCAAAGGAAUCAUCGUGUACGAGAUGAAGAACCACCUCCGGACUGUCACCAGACGCUUUCUCUGGAGGGAAACUGACUCCAUAUCCACUGGGCGGCGUAAACUGAUUAUAGAGUGUGGCGGGCCCAGCGGGAAGAAGCACUGUUUUGUAACAGAGAGCUCAAAAAUAGCACAGUACCUCUUGAACCUCUGCUCAGCACAGCACAAGUUUCAUAGCGAGAUGACGUCACGACAACUUAACCACACCAUGAUUCCAGAUGAAAACAUGGAUAAGUACAUGUCUGUCUACCAGGGUCGUAACUUGAGCCUAAAGCAGAUGUCCUGCUCAGAGGGCAUGUUGAACCAUGUAGGUUUGACACCUGGUCAACCAGACUCCAUCUCCAAGUCCUGUGACGACCUGACUGCCAAGCUGGAGGCGCGGCUGCGCCAGCAGAGAGAGAUGAAGAGGGAGAUGAGCAGCGAGCUGAACAAGGAGCUCCCUGAUACAGGAGACCUCAGGGACAUGAAAGAGCGACAGUGUUGGAGCACUCCAGAGCCGAUUCCCAGAAUGAUGUCCAGUGUCUCACUACAGAAACAGGACUCUGAAGCCUCUUCCUCCGUACGAGUUGAUACACCAACCAGGACCCCACCAGAGAGAGAGAUAGUCUGUGUGAACCUGAAGAAAGAUCCCAAACUGGGCUUUGGCUUUGUGAUUGUGGGCGAGGACAAUACAGGUAAACUUGACCUUGGGAUCUUCAUUGCUUCCAUUGUGCCUGAUGGGCCUGCAGACAAAGAUGGACGAAUCAAACCCGGUGGGCGUCUCAUCUCCUUAAAUAAGACUAGUCUGGAAGGAGUGACGUUCAGUGACGCUGCUGCCAUCUUACAGAGCAGCCCUGAAGAGGUGGAGCUCAUUGUGUCCCAGCCUAAACAGUCUCUAAAGGACAGUAAGAGUUCCUUGAGUCAAAGUACUCUGGGUUUGGCGUUGGAGAGGGGCUUUGGGUCACAGACCACUCUGAGUGGCACAGACUACCGCCCUGCCGUGGAGGAACUGGAGGAUGCCAUCACUCUGUCCAACAUGGCAACCCCAAAACAGAACAGGAGGCUUCACAUUCCUGUCGUGCGAAUACAUGAUGCCCAGAAUGCUUGUUCCAGGUCCCCCUCUAUUUUAAGUUUGAAAAGUGGGGAGCGGUUUAUAGUGGAGCUGAAGAAAAGCAGUGGUAGUCUUGGCAUCAGUGUUGCUGGAGGAAUAAACACCAACGUGCGAUAUGGCGGCAUCUACAUCAAGAGUCUGGUGCCUGGAGGUGCUACAGAACAGGAUGGGCGCAUUCAGAUCGGUGACAGACUACUGGAGGUUGAUGGGUCCAACCUGAGGGGUGUGACUCACCAUCAAGCUGUCGAGUGCUUGAAGAGGACAGGGGAGGUGGUGAGCCUGCUGUUGGAAAGGGAGCCCACAGUGAUAUUGGAGCCUAGACCUGACUCACCCUGCCCCCCCUUGGCCCACAGUCCAUCAUACACACAGCCCCCCAGGACUGAAGUCUCCAUGGAAACGACCUUGAGUGGUCGCGCCAAGGACUACAGCUUUGUGACUGAUGAAAACACGCAUGAAGUGGUACUGAAGAAGAGUUUGUCUGGACUUGGCUUCAGCUUUAACAUCUCACAGCUGCACUCGGGGCCAGACCGUGGCAGUGUGGUUCGCAUCAAACGUCUAUUCCCAGGUCAACCAGCGCUAGAGAGUGGCCAGCUGCGAGAGGGAGACAUCAUUCUGUCUGUCAACAAAGAGCCUGUUAAGGAUCUUUCCUAUCAGAGGGUUUUGUUCCUGCUACGUGGAGCUCCAUCUGAAGUUCAUCUGUUGAUCUGCCGACCAGGUCCUGGAGUACUAUAUGAUGUAGAUGACAACACACUGAGUCCUGCACUCUUCCGUGAGGUUCGAUCACGGUCUCUGGACAUCCGACUAGGAGAGGACUACAGCCAGCUCCUUAAGUUUCAACAUGAUUUUAAAAUACGUGCCCAGACCCAGGCUCCCACCCAGGAGGAAGGUCUGACCAACACAGCAGAGAAAAGCCCAGAACCUCCUGCACCUCCAGCACUCCCGGAGACCCAGGAGAGUCUGAACGGUGACGUGCAGGCCAACCAGACUCCCCCAUCUCCUCCUCGCUUACCCCCGUCGCCCACCUCACCUACAUCACCUCCUUCACCAGUCUCACCAGCCUCACCUGCCUCCCCAGCAUCACCUACUUCACCUGCCUCUGGUUCUCCUGCUCCACCAGAGUCACAGCCAUUCGCCGGGGAACCAGAGGAACAACAGGAAGUAGAAGCAAAGGAGAAGAACAAGGACGGGGAAGAGGAGGUUGCAACAACAACAGGCUCAACUGUGAUGCUUAUGGAUGUCUGUCCUAAGACUGCUUCGAACUAUGUAUAUGCCAGUGGAGUCAGAGAGGAGGCAGAUGGAAGUGUGACCUACUGCGUGAUGGGAAAUGGACUCACUAUCAUGGCAGAUGAAGAGUACUUGACCAUAAGCUCCACACUAGAGCCUCCUCACAGCCUUCCCUCCAGUCUGGCCACUCACACUCCAACAACCAACCUCACAGCCCUCCGCUCUCAAACCUCCAACAGCUCCUCUAGUUUCAGCGCUCAGAAGCCAAGCCUCGGCCCUCAAAUCCCCACUACCACCACCUCGCCCCUCAGCCUCUUGUCUGACACCCCGACCACUUGCUCCCUAGCCCACCUAUCUCAGCCACUCACAACACAGCCACCGAAGGUCAAGCACCACCCGAUCCAGCAGGGGUUUAUUCCAAGUCACUGCAGAGCCAUCUCCAAGAUCAGUAGGCCUAUGGUGCCUCCACCCCAGCCUCCUGCUCCACCACUGACCCCCAUCACAGCCCAGGUCACCCCCUCUGUGCCUCCCUGUGCCAGUCCACCUACCCCGACGGUGCUACCCACAGUGCAGCCCCCUCUUGCCCACACACAGCUGAGGGAAGAGCCAGAGAAGAAAGAAAGGGAAUACAAGGAUGAUUAUGAUGAAGAGGAUUAUGAGGAGGAGGAAGAGAGUCGUAGAAAGGGAUUGGUUAAAGAGUUUGAGCUGACAGUGAUUCUGACCAAGUCCAGGAGUGGAAGCUUUGGGUUCACCAUCACUCGAAGCAAGCUAGACAACUGCUACUACAUACAGGAAAUACUGGACAACCCAGCCAAGGCAGAUGGACGACUCAGGGCAGGAGACAGGCUCAUCACAGUAAAUGGGCAUGAUGUUACCAGUGUGGCAGAUGAUGUUGCCAUGACGAUUCUCAGGUCAUCUCCAAGAAGACUGAGUAUGACCCUGGGGAGGGCAGUUACCAACCUGGUGGCCGCGCCUUCCUGUGACAGCCUGCCUGAUAUAGUUCUCUACAAGACACCUUCAGGACAACUGGGUAUAAAGCUGACAGGAGGCAUUGGCAGCAAAUGGCAGGGCAUCUACUGUCUGGAGGUGGUGCCAGGCUCCCCAGCCAGCGAGGAGGGCAGUGUCCAACCCAAUGACAAGAUCCUCUAUAUCUGUGGCAGGUGCACCCUGGGAAUGACCCUGGAGGAUGCAGUCAAAGCCUGUGAGAUUGCCCCUCGUAAAGUUAAACUUAAAAUCAUCAGAGAAGACCAGCCAGUGAACCCCAAGGCUAAGUGGAACGGUCUCUUUGACUGGAAAAAGGACAGGAAGUUCUUUACUCGUUUUGAAGAGCCUGUCUCACCAGAGAAAGACUCUCCUACCGAAGAUGUUGAAGCUGUGUGUAGGACUGCUGGAAAUUUCCGAUGUCUCUCUCUCACCCAAGAACACGAUAGUUGCAUCAUGCAAGUGGAGUUCACAAAACCAGAAGGAGGAGGCCUUGGCUUUGCUUUGGUUGGGGGGACCAAUGGCAGCAUGCUCAGAGUAAAGGAAAUCUGCUCUGGUGGAGUAGCUGAGCAGGACGGUCGGCUGAGAGUGGGAGAUAUUCUAUUAGAGGUGAACGGUGUGAUUGUGUCCGGGCUGAGCUACAGUAAGGUGGUGGAUAUCCUGCGUAAAGCUGAGGGCAGUGUACAGCUCACCAUCUGCAGAGACAUCCUGCCCCUGACCUACUCCGAGUCACCUACACCGCCCAACAUGUCAGCUCAGACUGAAGCUAUUUUAGCCGAGCAGCCGGCUCCUGUGUCCAGCCCUGAUACCUGUUCCUCACCUGACGUCAUGCUGAAUAAGCCAGUUGAGCGCCCCCCUGAGGCAACUUCAGACCCUGUGGUCACUGAAGCUGAUGUGUUCCUCACCUCACCACCUCCUCCACCACGCCAACUGACUGUUGUAACAGAUGAAACCUCAAUUAAACAGGAGAGCUGUAACAGCACCCCUUCUCAUCAAGCUUGCUGCCCAUCCCUCAAUGUCACUGACAUGUUGCAUGGAGCUUCUGACAGGAAACAGAUUGUGACCAAACUUUUGGACCAGUCCUGCAAAGACAUCCGGAAAACCCAGUCAGACGGCUGGAGCAGCGAAGAAGAUGAUGAUGAUGUAUUUGACGCCACCGGUCGGGAAAUGACCUCACGCCAAACAGGCCCACCCAUUGUAUCAGAGGAGGAACUGGCCAGUUUAGCUCUCAUUAGCCCGGCUAAGACCAGCCAGUAUUCAGGCUCCAGGGUCAAAGCUCUCAUCCAGAUUCUGCAGCAUCAACUGGACCAGCAGGAACUGGUCAAAGAGUUCAUGGCUCUGGAGCAUCUGAAGCCCUCUGACAACUGUCUGGUGGGAAAAGCCCCUGAGAACAGAGAUAAGAACCGUUACAGAGACAUCCUACCCUAUGACGAAACCCGUGUUGCCGUUGGAGACAACCAGGACUACAUCAACGCCAGCUACAUCCGCUUGCAAGUUGGCGAUGAAAAGUUCUUCUACAUCUCCUGCCAGGGCCCUCUGCCGUCCACAGUGCCGGCUUUCUGGCAGAUGAUCUGGGAAAACAAAUCUGAUGUCAUUGCCAUGAUGACCCAGGAAGUAGAACGGGGAAGGACAAAAUGUCACAAGUACUGGCCAGAGAAGCUAGGCAUUCCUCUGGACACCAGCAGGUACCAGCUACACCUGGAGAACCAACAGUACCUGGAGUAUUUCCACAUCAAGGUCAUCCGCAUGGUGGAGACAGAGACCGGUGAGACCCAUUUUGUCCGUCACCUGAAGUUCACACACUGGCCUGACCACGGCGUGCCGCACAGCUCCGAGCAGCUGGUUCGCUUCAUCCGCUACCUGAGGGCGGUGCACCACAAGGGACCAGCCACUGUGCACUGCAGCGCCGGCAUCGGACGGACAGGAGUUCUCAUCUGCACUGACAUUCUCCUCAGCCUCAUUGAGAACGAUUUGCCUAUUAAUGUGAGCGACAUUGUAAAAGAGAUGAGGCUUCAGCGGCAUGGGAUGAUUCAAACCAAGGAACAGUAUCUCUUCUGCUACAAAGUUUGGUUGGAGGUUUUACAGGGCAUUUUACAGCUUCACGGCAACCAAUGGCAACCGGAAAGUCCCAGAGACCACAAAGUAGUUUGAAUUUUUCCACCUCCAGUUCACCUACCUGUAAAGCACAGACUGUGUUUGAGCAACCAUGUGCAGUCUAUCACAGUAUAGACUGGUGAAACAGUUUUCUUUGGCUGUAUUUAGUUUAGUUAGCUAUAAUAUGAAACCUGUACUUCUUCUCUGUUUUGAUACUUUGCGUUGAGGCCCGUUGUAGUGACAAUGACUUCAACUCAAAUUUUUUUGUUCUUGUAUGUGCUCUCGGUGCUGUGAUUAUGUCAGUUUAAUUUAGAUCACUGAGGUUGUUUUGCCUUUUCAGGCUUAGUGAUUUGCCUUCUGCCUUUAGCAUCUUUUUUAAAUUUUGUCUCACUAUUUGAAUGUAUCUCAUUUAUUUUUCUCUGUGUCCUUUAAUUUUGAAAUGGCAUUCAUUUUUAAGUCAUAUUGCAUGGAAUUUAAAAUCUGGUAAUAUUCACAUCUAUUAUCUGACAGAUAAACGUGCACAAGUGUACUGUAAGAUUAUCAUACCAAAGGGAGUAUCUGUUUGUGACCUUGAUGAGUAGCAUUUGAUUAAGCAUUGUGUUAUUUCAUUAAGUGCAUUUGUACCCUGGAGAAAAGGGCAUUAGCAAAAGAACACUAUUGAUUUUACAGUUCAUCAUCUAAAGAAAUGAAAAGAAUCAAGUGCCUUGGAAUGAUUUACACCGCUUGCUCCACAUUGACCCUGAGCCACUCACAAGUGGUCGGGGAUAAAGAGCAAGAAACUGAUUUGAGAGCACCUGGCGGUGGUUAGAUUGAAUGUGCAGCUUUCAGUCUGUUUGUGGUCUGAGGAGGAUGUUUGGUUGAUCCAAACCAGAGGAGGAUUGCAUCUCACCUUUUAGUUUGUUAAAUUGUAACUUAGAAACAAUGUGAAGUUUGCACACCGCCUGUCAAUCUUUUUUUGUUUGUGGGCCCAUUUUAUACAAAACACUAUCACAAUGAAAGUCUUACUACACAUAAUCACAACUUGCACAUCCUAAUACAGAUAAAGAAUGAUUUAACAUAACAAAUGUUUGGAUAAAUUAAUACAUUUUCAAUUCACUCUUUUACGAGGCGUUAAUGCUAAAUAUUCAGAUUAUUUUGUAAAAUGUACAAGACCAAUUUAAAUGUCACUUAAAUAAUUAGUUUAGACUUUUAGGUGUAAUUUGUUAUGUGACACCAUCCUUUAUCUGUAUUCCAUAGCUAUUUUAAUACAAACUCAGCCAAAAAUGCAAAAAAUAUUAUGAGGUUUACAAACUUUCCGUUUUGCCACUUUAGAUGUAUACUGUAUGAUGUACAAAGCAACAGAGCUGCAUCUCAAAGUCACAGAUCAAAGAGGAUUUAUAGCUGCUGGUUUGAACCUCAACCUUUGGAUGUAACUGCUUGUAAGCUUUGUUCUUUUAGCUGCUAUCACACACAAACACACACACACACCAGCUCUCGUAUUGCAUGCAGACUCUUAGAGUGCAGAAGUCUGAGCCUGGAGUUUGACUGAAUGACUUGAACAUGAUCAAAAUGUGGAAUGUAACAAAGCAAUACUCUCCAUGAGGAGGGGAGAGCAGAAUGUCAACCUCUUAUCCGAUAACAUCUUUCAAACUGUUUGGAGCAUGUCGGUAAGACAUAUGCAGUAUUGUACCUUUGCCAUGUGGAUGGCUUUGCAGAGCCAUCAGCCUCUGUAAAGUGUAUGCAAGAUCUUUUCAGUCAGUGCUGGUCGGUUGGUUUCGAGCAAAAGGUAACACUUUGUUAUGUGCAAGUUCAUAUUCUCCUUGAGAUCCUGUUGAUAUGGUUUUUUUCCCUCAGAUCUUGGAAAAUGAUUAUUCUUGAAAGAACAAACAAAAGCACAUUUUGCAUUCAUCUGUGAAAAUGCAUCUUGUACAGUCAAGCAAGUGCUUAUGCAAUAGCAUUGUGGAAUAGUGGAAUGAAAUAACCCUUAAUUGCACAACUGCUUAUUUAUGCUAAAUUAAUAUCUUGUCACUGUACAAGCCACUAUGUAACCAAUAGCUGAGAACAAUGUAAUACCUCUCUCUUUAAUUAAAAUCUAUUCUGAAACUUG